GGCUCAACUUUCGUGCCGGUUAUACUCGGAUCUGAUAAGACCACAGUUUCGGUGGCGACUGGCGCGAACGACUACUACCCCUUAUAUGUAUCGAUUGGCAAUGUUCGCAACAACGUCCGGCGUGCACAUCGUGACGCCGUUGCCAUUGUUGGUUUCCUUGCUAUGCCCAAAACUACGAAGGAGCACGCUGCCGAUGCAAUAUAUCGGAAAUAUCGCCGACAAUUGUUCCACUCAUCCAUCGCCAAGAUCCUGGAGAACUUGAGACCUAGCAUGACCAAACCAGAGGUGGUUUGCUUUGGCGAUGGCCACUAUCGGCGUGUGAUUUACGGGCUUGGUCCGUAUAUCGCAGAUUACGAAGAGCAGGUCCUUCUAGCAUGUAUAGUGCGCGGCUGGUGCCCCAGGUGUAUGUCCAACCGCAAAAAUUUAGAUGAGAAGUCGUUGUGUCGGUGUCGUGACCACACAGAGGCGCUGAUCGAGGAGGUUGCAACAUCCCUCGCUCUGUGGGAUGAGUACGGGAUUGUUGGCGACCUUGUUCCGUUUACCAACGACUUCCCUCGCGCCGAUAUACAUGAGUUGAUUGCACCGGAUCUCCUGCAUCAACUCAUAAAAGGAACCUUCAAGGACCAUUUGGUCGAGUGGGUUGGGAAGUAUUUGGUACACGUACAUGGUAAGAAAGAGGCAGAGAAAAUUCAAGAUGAUAUAGACCGAAGAAUUUCUGCAGUCGCCUCCUUCGCGGGCCUUCGAUGUUUUCCAGAAGGUCGAGGAUUCAAACAAUGGACAGGUGAUGAUUCAAAAGCGCUUAUGAAGGUUUAUUUACCCGCCAUUGAAGGCCACGUCCCAACUGAUGUGGUGCGCACGUUUCGUGCAUUCCUUGAAUUCUGCUACCUCGUACGGCGUAGUAUCAUCACAGAGUCCACAUUAGGCCAAAUCCAGGACGCUCUCGACCGAUUCCAUCAUUACAGGGCUAUUUUUGAGUCCACCGGCGUCGUUUCCACGUUCUCCCUCCCCCGACAACACUCGUGCACCCAUUACAUCCUCCUUAUCCGACUUUAUGGUGCGCCGAAUGGCCUUUGCUCGUCAAUCACUGAGACAAAGCACAUCAAGGCAGUCAAGGAACCAUGGAGACGAUCGAGUUGCUACAAAGCACUCGGUCAAAUGCUGGUGACAAACCAGCGCUUAGACAAACUUGCAGCAGCGCGCGUGGAUUUCAAGAGCCGUGGAAUGUUGAACGGCACCUGUCUGUCUGCAAUGCUUCAAAGAUUAAGUAAGUUUUAUUGCUCUCUACAUUGUUGCCGUUCCAACCACGCCAACGACAAUCUUUUGGUGCUGCCCUCCAACCCCGACGUUACAAUACUCGGCGAUAACGAAGAGGGUGAAAUCGACGACAGCCCAACGCUGGUACAAGCCCACGUUCAGUUGGCAAAAACGAUUCAACGCAAACGUGCACGCACUAUCGCUAAUCUAUCAACAGAACUCGGUAUCCCCCAUCUCUACACCCUCCUCCGCCGAUUCUUAUUCGAGCAAGCGAACCCAGACGACCAGCGUGCUCCCUCUGACAUCCCGCUUGCAAGAUGUCCUCAAUUCGAUGGAAAAAUUCAAGUGUUCAACUCUGCAUCGUCAAUGUUUUAUGCACCCAGCGACCGCAGCGGGAUUGGCGGCAUGCGCCGGGAACACAUCCGCGCCUGCCCCGUUUGGAGAAACGAAGCACCCCGGUAUGACUGCGUGUUCGUUAACAUGGAUGUAGAUGUUGAAGGGAUGGGGGGCAUGGAGGUAGCCCGUAUAAUGUGUUUUUUUUCAUACACAUUCGAAGGUAUUUUGUACCCAUGCGCUGUGGUACGCUGGUUCGACAAAGCCAGUGACGGGCCCGACGAAGACACAGGGAUGUGGAUCGUUAAGCCUUCUUUCGAUACAGAUAAUUCGCCGUUCGUUGGAAUCAUCCACAUCGACUCGAUCUAUCGCGCCGCGCACCUUGUUCCAAUCUAUGGAACACAGUUCAUCUCACGCGACCUCAAGCACUAUGAUUCAUAUGACGCUUUUCAAGUGUUCUACGUGAACAAAUUCGCAGACCAUCACGCAUUUGAGAUUGCGUCUUAG